AUAUACCUCUAAAUAAAAUUCAACUAAAAGAAUUUUAUAUAAAAACUAUUACAUAGCCAAGCACAACCAAAUGGGUAACUAUUACUUACCAUUGUUAAUGUAGUUUCAGUCUCGUAAUCAUCAAAAAGGUACGAUUACAAGGCAGAAGAUCCAAAUGAAUAUACUAUACCUUCUCUCUUAUCAAUAUAAUUAGAAACAAACAAAGAGCAAAAGGAAAGACAAAACCAAAGAGAGGACCACGAGAAAGAUCAGUUGAAUACUCCCUUCUUCUUUCAUCUCUUACCAUGAUAAGAAAGAGAAGAGAAAGAGAUCAAAAGAAGGUGGUAGAGAUAAAAUAAGAAGAAAAAGGAGAAGAAGAUUAAUGGCGGACUGGGGACCAGUGGUGAUAGCAGUGGUGCUCUUUGUGUUAUUGACACCAGGGUUGUUGUUCCAGUUGCCAGGGAAUGGAAGGGUGGUGGAGUUCAACAACUUUAAGACCAGUGGCAUCUCCAUCUUUGUCCACACCAUCAUCUUCUUUGGACUCAUCACCAUCUUCCUCAUUGCCAUUGGUGUCCACAUCUACACUGGCUAGCAAGCUCCUCAUCUCUUUCUUUCUUUUACUUUCUUUCUUCUUCUUCUUCUUCUUCAUGACUACUCUUUCUUCUUCGUAUUUUCAAUGUUUUUUUUUAAUUAAAAUAUUCUCCUCCUUCUUCUUCUUUUAGAAGAAGAACAGACUAAGUGAAGAUUGUUAUUGUUUCCAUAAAAAAAAAAGGACAAGUUGGUAUCUCCUUCUUCUUCUUCUUCUUCUUCUUCUUCUUCAUCGUCUUUUUCUUUAAUGUAGAUAGAGUGUGAGAUUUCUGUUAGUUUCUAUAAAAAGAAAGGAAAAGUUUCUGUGUUCUUCUGUCUUCUUCUUCAAUGAUGAUGUUUCAAUAAUGUCUCAUGAAUCUCAUUGAUGUGUA